GUCGACAGCUGUCUGGACCAUUGAGGCACCUUGCUCCACACAAGACGUGCCCUCAGCCCGACCAGGCCGCACCCUCUUACAGUCAACGCCUCACAGGAGCAGUUCAGCUUGCAAGCAGGUAGUGACCAGAUGGCCGUCACCAAUCAGAAUAGUCAUACGCCCAAGGCCGUAUUGGCAACCGCGCCCUUUGAUAGCAUACGGCCUGAUUCUGCCACCCAUCCCCAGGUGGGCAGACUGCCGUUCGAAGGACAGCCUUUCAGCAAUCUCCAGCCCAAAGUUCUGCCUGCUAGCUCGCUGCCCGGACUGAGCCAGUCUGCUCUCUCGGCUCGUCCGAGUACUUCAGCUGCCGGUACACCGGAUGCGACGGCUGCCUUACCCCCACCUAUCGCUCCACAAAGUACUUCUUCGGGACUGCGUUCAAGUCAACAGAGCCAGGAAAAGGCAAGCGACGCGGGUCACUCGUCUGGCUACCACCACCAGCGUACCUCUCCUGUCGCUCCGGCUCCCUCGAAGACCAAGCCGACGCGCAAAGUUUUGCUUUGCAUCCCUCUGCCGCAGUGGAGGCGCAAGUCCAAGGGCGACCGGCUGGCCUCGGACCCGCCCCAAGUAUCCGAAAAGAGUUUAUACGCUCAAGCUGACAAUGCGGCACCUCAAUCUGCUCCGAGUGCGCCGAAACCCAGAAUGAGCAAGAAGACAAGCAUGUCCAUCGUUCCAAAGAAUUGGAAAGAGUACAACGCGCUCUACUCUCGAAGAGCUAUCGACGUUGAGGAUCCUCCCCUGCCCCCUGCGCGAGCACUGCUGCAGACGUCCACACCCUCAGCAGCACCAGCAAGCGAGGAGUCCGAUCCAUACGACAUGGGCUACUAUUCUGCGCCAGUACCCGAGGAUGAAGCCGAUAGACAGAGAGCAGUCGAGCGUCUCGAUCUCUUCACCCAGCACGACAAGCUCAUCGAUCCACUCGUUAAGCCCGCGAGCGCUGUAGAGUCGAGCGGAGAUGCAGAAGCGGAUCUCGCUGCUUCGGGUGCAGCUGCAAAGGCAGCACUCGAGUCGGGAGGUCAAUCGUUUGAGACUCACCCGGCCUUCCGCAAUAUCGUCCAAGAGGCCAGAGAGAUGUUUGGCACAAAGGUCUCGCUCCUCACUGUGCUCUCGGACGACAAGCAGCUGUUCCUGGCAGAGACUGGUCUCGGGGGCAUGCGUGAGACUCCGCGAGACGCAAGCUUCUGCUCUCACACGAUCCUCAGCAACCAGAAUCAGGGCUUCGUGCUACUGGAUACGCAGAAUGACUGGCGAUUCACCAAUGCGCCUUAUGUCAAGAUGGCCGGUGCUCGCUUCUAUGCGGGUGUGCCUCUGAUGGCACCCGAUAUCGUCAAUGCUCGUCAGGCAGGCAGUGGUCAGCCAAUAGGAACCCUCUGUGUCAUCGACGACAAGCCGCGCACCCAGUUCACACAGGAAGAGCGCAGGAAGCUAGUCAAGCUGGCAGACAUGGCCCGCAGGGAGAUCGAUAACUGGCAUCGCAAAGCGCUCGAAGCUAAAGCUGCCCGAAUGCAAACGACGCUCGAAAGGUGGCAAGCCGAACGACAGUCUCUUGCAUCAAUCGGAGAAGAACCUGCCUCGCCCAACAGUGAGAAGCAUCCAGGCAAUGCCAGCUCUGUAGCUGGCGAUGGCUCGACGACGAAUAGCAAGGAAGUCUCGAAGUUCUCGCUGCCAGCGAGGCAUGUGACUGUGCGAGAAGAACGCGCUGGAUUGCAGCGCGUUUUCGAUGUUGCUUGCUCAGCCAUCGGCAAAGAGCUCCGCCUAGAUCUCGUUUAUCUAGCAGCGAUGAAGGUAGACGAAGGCAGGUACGGUACAGCACCGACCGCUCACUCGCUAUCUGUUCUGGGGGCUUAUGGCAUGCCGGAUCCGGCACCUUCAUUCGAUGGCGCACUGCAUCUCAAAGCUGCGCGCUCACCGGAAAGAGGAUUGCUCUACCAGAAUGCGAAGUCGACAGCUGGUCUGUAUGCUUCCGGCCUUCUCGUGCCGGUCGAGGAAUUCAAAGCCGAAGGGAAAGCGUAUGUGCUUGGCGCGUUCACUGAAGAUCCCAAAUUUGUCUUUGGCAUGGAGGUAUGUCGCUUUCCGCUUCUCAUGAGCCCUUCCUGACGUUGAUGCAGCAUCUCGAGUUUGUCCGCUCCUUCUCCUCCGAGCUGGUCUACUAUGUCUCCAAGCAUGUCAAAGUC